AUGGCGUCCCUCCCCCCCAAUGCCCGUGCAUCACAACACCCCAGUCUCAAAGCCAAGCUCUCCCAGCUGCGGUCGAAAGCCGCCAGUCCGAGGGAGGUCAAGACUUUAGUCCACGAGAUAUCACUUCUUCUUGCUGCCGAAGCACUCUCUACGGCUUUGAAGUCCACAGAAGGUCCCAAGAACCAGACGCCCCUUGGGUUUGAGUAUGUCUCGUCAACAAUCUCGCCGGGUAACAUUUGCAUUGUGCCUAUUCUGCGCUCAGGUCUAGGAAUGGUAGAAGCUGUGCAAACGAUGCUCCCCGACCCCGUCCCUGUACACCACCUUGGCAUGUACCGCGAGCCGACCACCCUUGAUCCUGUCGAAUACUACAACAACCUCCCUCAACACAUUCCGUCUUCUUCAGAGGAGGAUUCAUCCACCCUCGCCAUCGUCGUCGAUCCUGUGAUCGCCACGGGAGGCACAUGCGCGGCUGCCAUCAGCACGUUGCGUGAGUGGGGAGCCAAGCGUGUCCUCGUUCUAGCCGUCGUUGCGGCGGAAGAGGGUCUGCGGAAAGCAGCAAGUGAAUGGCCUGAAGGCUCAGAGAUCUGGGUAGCAGGCGUGGACGGUGAAUUGACCAAGGAAGGCAUGUUAAAGCCAGGUCUGGGCGAUGUCGGCGACCGCCUGUUCUUGACAAUCGGCAAAUGA